GAAAGACAAAAGAAAUAAGCAAAAAAAAACAGAUUUGUCUCUCAAUCUUGAGAAUUUACAAGAAGAGAAAAGAUGGUUUUUAGAAGCUCAAUCUCCAACACAAGAAAGUUCUUCCAAAAAACUAUAGACAACUUCAAGUCAUUCUUCUCCAACGAUGGUAUGUAUCAAAAACUACCCAAAGCACCAAACAACAAAACUCAUCCAAACUCCAACAUCAUCAACAUACCAAUACCAUCCAUACACAAGAAGCUUCAACCGAAACCUAGAGACUAUGUGACUACAAAAAGAGCUUUGACUAGAGGAGACAAAGAAGAGACUCUAUUUUCUCAACCAAAGGUAAGUCUUGUUUGUGGAAAGCUAAAGGAGAUGGAGAAGAUGAUGAGUGAUGAUAUAGUAAGUGAUGAGCAUUAUGUCUCAGAUGUAAGGGAGUUUCUACAUUGCUACUCUUGUCUUCGUUACACUGCUUACCUUGACGUGGUUGAGCAUUUUUUCAUGGAGGUUUACUCUGAUUUCUUUAGCUCUCAUCAUCAUCUUGAGCACACCCGAGAUGAUGUACAAAGAAGGCAUCCCACGGUGGUUCGAGUUGGAUCGUACGGUGGCUAUACACUCUGAUGGAAACGUUCAUAUAUUAUUUUCAUUUUUACUCUUUACUUUUUCUUCAUUUUUUUUUUAACCUUGUUUUGAGGCUUUUUUCUUCCUUUUGUUUUCCUUUUUAUUUUGUAUUUUCAGAAUUUGGUAGUUUACAAUAACAUAUACAGUAGUUUGGUUGGUGGAUUAUAUACCACGGUAUAAAAGUCAUCGACUUGUAAAUAUGUGAUGUGGCAAUUAUCUU